AUGUCUACGUUGAAUGGAACAUACAAAUGGAUCGACUCGUUACCGCGCCUUAUCGCGGAGUACAACAUACGGAAACAUCGAACUAUCGGCAUGUGUCCUAUCGACGUGACACCCGAGAUCGUCGAUAAGCUCCUGCACACAGUCUACAACAAUGUAAAGAUCGCAGUGCCUGCGAGAUUCAAAGUGGGUGAUCUGAAAACUAAUCCAGCGACCUAUCUGUUUGAGAAUUCUCGCGGGAAGUCUAUUGCCGGAGGAUUUUACGAAUACGAACUGUAUUGCGCUUCUAAUCCUGACGUUUAUCUCGUGGAAAAGGUGUUGCGAAAAAGCGGCGACGAGGUUUUAAUGAAAUGGUUGGGAUUUGACGACUCGCACAACUUUUGGAUACACAAAGAAAAUGUAUUGUAA